AUGAUGCACAAAGUCCUUUCAUCUGCGUCCUCACAUUUCUCCGCAGCCGUUAACCCCCCGAGCUUUCUCCGUCGCGCCGGUCCCACUUUUCACAUCACUUGCCGUCGUUUCUUUUCCAGCCAUCCGGAAAGCGCCGCCGCGCAGCCGAGAACCCGAGCCGCCGAGUUUCCGCGAGUUGACUCAUUAAUCGACGGCUGCGACUACAAGCACUGGCUCGUCGUCAUGCAACCUCCUGAAAAUUACCCUCAAAGAGAAGAAUUAGUUCAGCAGUACGUCUCCACUCUGGCUCUGGCCCUAGGAAGUGAGAAGGCUGCAAUGGAAUCAAUAUACUCGGUUUCGACAAAGUAUUACUACUCGUUCAGCUGCCAAGUCGAUGAAAAUGUGACUCACAAGAUCAAAUCCCUUCCUCGUGUGAAAUGGGUUUUACCGGACUCAUAUUUGUCUUCUAAAGAAAAUGGCUAUGGAGGGGAACCGUGUGCUGAUGGAAAAGUUGUUCCUUACGAUGAGAAAUAUCACGCAGACUGGUUGUGUGAUAACUAUGGUGAGGACAAUACGAAGAAAAGCAGGUCAAGAAAGUUUACAAGGAGACGAAAAAGGUUCAAGAAACUAUAA